UUUUCGAAUAUAUAAGGAGGUGGAGGUGGCAGCUGCAACUAGAGGCUUCCCCGGCAGCAGCUUGAGUCCCGCGUCCCUCCACCCCUCCCCACCCUCCCCGCAUCCCUCUCCCCCUGGGCUCCCUCGCUCCGGGUCCCGUUGCUCUUCCUCCCUCCCUCCCUUACUCCCACCCCGGCCUGCACCCUCCCUGGUCCCGGCCAGCUGUGCUGUGCGUCUGUUGGCCGUCCUGCGCCGGGCCCUGCAGCCAGCCUUCUGCCCGCCCCGCAGCGAUGGAGGUGCCCCAGUCCGAGCCUGCGCCAAGUUCGGCUCUCAAUCCUGCCGUAGUACGUGGGGGCGCUCAGCGUCCAGGCCACCUCCCGGGUCUCUGGCUGGGUACUCAAGGCCUCUUGGGGUCCCCGGAGCGCGCUGCCUCUUCCUCUCCGGUCACCACCCUGACCCAGACCAUGCACAACCUCGCCGGGCUUGGCAGCGAGACCCCAAAGAGUGUCCUAGGGAGCCUGCCCUUUCGAAGUCGUCUGACACGCCUAUCCCUGUCAAGACGGGCAUCUGAAUCUUCUCUGUCAUCUGAGUCCUCUGAAUUUUCUGAUGCAGGUCUCUGCAUGGAUUCCCCCAGCCCUAUGGACCCCCAGAUGGCAGAACAGACGUUUGAGCAGGCCAUCCAGGCAUCCAGCCGGGUUAUUCGAAAUGAGCAGUUUGCCAUCAGACGUUUCCAGUCCUUACCGGUACGGCUGCUGGGCCACAGCCCUGUGCUACGCAACAUCACCAACUCCCAAGCACUGGAAAGCUGGAGGAAGAGUGAGGCAGGUGGCAGAGCUGCCAGCAAUCCUGGGGAGGACAAAGAAAAUAAUGGAUUUGUCUUCAAGAUGCCGUGGAAGCCCACACAUCCCAGCCCUACCCAUGCUCUGGCAGAGUGGGCCAGCCGCAGAGAGGCCUUUACCCAGAGGCCAAGCUCAGCCCCUGACCUGAUGUGUCUUACACCUGAGCGGAAGAUAGAAGUAGAGGAGCUGAGCCCCUCAGCUCAAUCCUGCUUCUCCCUGACCCCUGCUGAGGUGGCUACUGAGGAAGAUGAUGGAUUUGUGGACAUCCUGGAGAGUGACUUAAAGGAUGACGAUGCAGUUCCCCCAGGCAUGGAGAGCCUCAUUAGCGCCCCAUUGGUCAAGACCUUGGAUAAGGAAGAGGAACAGGACCUCAUCAUGUUCAGCAAGUGCCAGCGGCUCUUCCGCUCUCCAUCCAUGCCCUGCAGUGUGAUCCGACCCAUCCUCAAGAGGCUAGAGCGGCCCCAGGACAGGGAUGUGCCUGUCCAAAAUAAGCGGAGGAGGAGUGUGACCCCCCUGGAGGAGCAGCAGCAGCCUGAGGAACCUAAAGCCCGUGUCCUCCGCUCCAAGUCCCUGUGCCAUGAUGAGAUCGAGAACAUCCUGGACAGUGACCACCGCGGACUAAUAGGAGAUUACUCCAAGGCCUUCCUUCUACAGACUGUGGAUGGCAAACACCAAGACCUCAAAUACAUCUCACCAGAAACGAUGGUAGCCCUGUUGACCGGCAAAUUCAGCAACAUCGUGGAGAAGUUUGUGAUUGUGGACUGCAGAUACCCCUACGAAUAUGAAGGAGGACACAUUAAGACCGCUGUGAACUUGCCCCUGGAACGUGAUGCCGAGACUUUCCUGCUGCAGCACCCCAUCAUACCCUGUAACCUGGACAAGAGAAUCAUCCUCAUUUUCCACUGUGAAUUCUCAUCUGAGCGUGGGCCCCGUAUGUGCCGAUUCAUCAGGGAACGAGACCGUGCGGCCAACGACUACCCCAGCCUGUACUACCCUGAGAUGUAUAUCCUCAAAGGCGGCUACAAGGAAUUCUUCCCACAGCACCCGAACUUCUGUGAACCCCAGAACUACCGACCCAUGAACCACGAGGCCUUCAAGGACGAGCUGAGGACCUUCCGCCUCAAGACACGCAGCUGGGCUGGGGAGCGGAGCCGUCGGGAACUCUGUAGCCGGCUGCAAGAUCAGUGAGGAGCCAGCACCCGUCCUGCCACCAUCCUAGCCUCACGAGGCCCUGGUGCCUGCUGUACCAUGGGCCCUCUGGAGGCCCCAGGUGCUAUCUAGGGGAAAGACAGCAUGGGUGUCCUGUCUGUCUGCCCCUGUCCCUGAUUCCCCUCGUCUCACUGCAGUCAUUUUCCAUAUCCUGGUGCCAACAUCACCCAUGGAAGAGCCCAACCUGGUGGGUUAAAACCAGCUCAGAGGAAGCAUUUUGUGUUCAGCAGGAACCUUUUUGCUUUUCUUCCUGUUUGGGUUAACUCUCUGUCUUCUUGGCCAAAAAAGCUCCUUUGUGUGUGUGUGUGUGUGUGUAUGUGUGUGUGUGUGUGUGUGUCAGCUGAGGCUGCAGGACAGCCAUGCACCUGAGCAUGAGGAUGGGCCAGGGCUGCCCCUGCCUCUCUCUGCAGGAGUCAAGGGUGUGUCUGCCACGUUGCCCUUUUCUUUUUCCUGUCCCUUUGUCCAAGCACCUCUCAUGUAAACGUAAGCUCUCACUCUUUCCUGUUGCAGUAUUACCUGCAUGCUUGAUUUGUUUGUCUUACCUGUCUCAGGACACAAUCACUGACUGUGUAGUCUCCCCUUGUCCAGUUGGGGUUAGAGAUUCACACAUCAUUUACCCCUUGUCCUGGCUUAUUGCCCCACAAAGGGAUGUUGUUAUUCUUGGAAGUCCCUGGGGAAAGGGCUAAGGACUGAAUCGGGAGCCUACUGGAGGCCCCACUGCUGUGAACCCUGGGGCCGGACUGGUCAGAACUUGCUGCUGUCCUGUCACAGAUGGAUGGAUGGAUGAAUGGACGGAUGGAUGGCCAUGGAUGCAUGGUGCCUUGCACACGCAUGUGCAUAUAAAUUGGAAGCAUUUUGGUGAACAUGUCAGCCUGUGGCAGGAAUGUAUGUGUGAACAAAAAGUCUUUACACUUAGCAUUUGGAAAUAUUCGAGAAAAAAUGUGGAAGCAGCUAAACCAAGGACCGAGCAACCUCUGGAUUGUGAAUCUCAAGGUGGGGGAAGGGUUGUGCUUGAAGGCCCAAUGAGACAUCUGUUAGGGUCUUGGUUCAAUAAAGCACUAAGCAAGUUAAGAAAGCAGCAUUGUGAUCUCUGGA